ACGACGGUCCCGGCAUUUUGGAACCUGUCACUGGUUUCUGGUCUCGGUCUAGACUCGGGCCCUUUAGGUCGGGCCUUAAAUUCUGUUUUCCUCUUCUCCCGGAAUCCGGUUCCUCUGGGCUAGCCCAGGGGCUGGUCAGACGCGGGAGGCCCCAGGGGCUGCUCUGGAUAGCUCUCCCGCAGCCCCUCCUCUCCCAGGCUGCUGCUUUGCCCCUUGCCUGAGUCAAAUUGCCCUGCCACUCCCGGCGGCCAGUCCCUUCCCGCCCUCCCCUCACCUUUGCGCAGGCCCCCAGCGCCACGGUCACACCUCUUCCCUUCGCCGUCACGCUGCCGAUGAAGUUUAGAUGAAUGUGGCCAUUGCUUCCUACCUUCCAGUGGGAUUGUUUGUUUCUCAAACUCUCCUCACUUCUUGGUCACUCCCCCUACGGUGACUACCUGUUUAAGCUGCUUUUGAUUGGUGACUCGGGCGUGGGCAAGUCAUGCCUGCUCUUGCGGUUUGCUGAUGACACGUACACAGAAAGCUACAUCAGUACCAUCGGCGUGGACUUCAAGAUCCGGACCAUUGAGCUGGAUGGCAAAACCAUCAAACUUCAGAUCUGGGACACAGCUGGUCAGGAACGGUUCCGAACCAUAACUUCCAGCUACUACCGGGGGGCUCACGGCAUCAUCGUGGUGUAUGACGUCACUGACCAGGAAUCCUAUGCCAACGUAAAGCAGUGGCUACAGGAGAUCGACCGCUAUGCCAGCGAGAAUGUCAAUAAGCUCCUGGUGGGCAACAAGAGCGACCUCACCACCAAGAAGGUGGUGGAUAACACCACGGCCAAGGAGUUUGCAGAUUCCCUGGGCAUCCCCUUCCUGGAGACGAGUGCCAAGAAUGCUACCAAUGUCGAGCAGGCGUUCAUGACCAUGGCUGCUGAGAUCAAAAAGCGGAUGGGGCCUGGGGCAGCCUCGGGGGGUGAGCGGCCCAACCUCAAGAUUGACAGCACCCCCGUGAAGCAGGCUGGUGGCGGCUGUUGCUAGGAGGGGCUUGUGGGGUGGGACAGGAGGGGGCACCUUCUCCAGAUGAUGCCCCUGGAGAGGGGGGCAAGAGGUGCCUCCCUAUGCUGGGGCAUUUGAAUCUGUGGCUUUGGGGUGUCCUGGGCUUCCCAUCUCCCUCUGGCCCAUCUGCCUGCCACCCUAAGCUCUGGUUCUGUCAGGACCCCCAAGGGAGGACACCCAGGACCUGCGGCUGGGGUAGGGGUGUGGGCUUGCUCUGCUGCUGCCUCUAGGUGACUUUAAACAAUACCCCACCACACACCUUUCUUUGGGAUGAGGGCUCCUCUGUCUCCCUCCCCUGUCCCCCAUGUAUGCUGCAGUGGAUUUCUCUCCUUACCCUCUCCCUUCUCUUCCCUGCACACCCCUUCCCCAAGAGCCAUGGGCCUCCCUGGCCUCUACUGCCCCUGGCUGCAGUCAGUGCAUGGGGCCAGGAAUGGGACCAGGGCAUCCAGGGCCUGGGAUCCAGGGCCCUGGGCUGGACCUCAGGACGGGCGUGGGGCCACAGGGGCCCAGCAGCCCACUUCCUCUCCUCUCUGCCUCCUUCCCACCCUUCCCACACUCACCCCUCUAGCCGUCCAGCUGCGGUGGGGUCCGAGCACAUCUAGGGCAGGUGGGUGGGCAGCCGUGCUGGGCCUGUGUCUUGAGCCCAGAGGAAGCCUGCUCCUGCCACUCCCUGCCCUGCCAGAGCCAGGCCCAUGUGCUGCCUGCCCACCAUGCCCCUUUGUCCCCAAGGCAGGCGGAGGCGGAAGGCCCACCGUGCCAGAGGCUGGGCAUCAGCCUUAACCCUCACUCUGCCGGCACCUCUUCCCUGUCCCUGAGGCAGCACAUCUGACUUAUUCUCCCCCUUCCGUCCCUUGGAGCCUGUGAGGGCAGAUCCUCAUUGCCUGUCGCUACUUCUCUGGGAAUGCGGGUGCAUCCCAGGGUUGGGGGGGGCCUCUCCACUUACCCCCUCCCACCUGGGAUCCUAGCCCCCUGCCCUCUGACACAGCUUCUUCCUGCAGAAAACAAACCUCUGGUCUCUACCUGAGAAGCCAUGUACCUGUGCUGUCUCUUGCCUGUCCCACCCGUGCCCUGCCCUCCAGCUUGUAUUUAAGUCCCUGGGCUGCCCCUUGGGGUGCCCCCCCAACCCCAGGAUCCCCUCUGGUGUCGUGUCAGGCAUUUUGCAAGGAAAAGCCACUUGGGGAGAGAUGGAAAGGACAAAAAAUAAAUAAAUUUCCACUGGCCCUCGGGUGAGCCGAGGGUUUUUGCAAGGAA